AGGGCAUUUUAAACCCCUUCCCCUCUGGAAAUUCCUGGGCGUUUGGUCCCCCCACCCCCACGGAAUUUCCAAUCCCCUCAAUGGGGGGGGAUGGAUAUUUUCAAAACACAGGAAAACAACAGCAUUUGUUCUGAGCCGAUUACCGCUGCCCAGCAUAUGUCAGUGAUCCCAGGUGAACAAUAAAGCAAUUUGAUAUCUUAAUACUUACACAUUAUGUGACCCUCCAUUGAACAGAAAUUCAAAGGAACUACGAAGUUGAUCAGACCUCCUCUUUUGCACUGGCCAUUAACCUCUGAAUAGUAAAUGUUUUUUAAUUUCACAACCUCUUAUCACUAACGAUGACUCGAAUUUGGUGCGAAGUAUAAAUCAAUCGCCAUAUCUCGCAUUCCUUGAGCAAUUGCAGCCCACACAAGAUAUACACGCGAUAGAGACAGCGCUUGCGCUACGAUAUGGGCUACUUGCUCUGCGUAUUGACGUGCGCCGUUUUAUUUGCAGGCUCAGCUUAUGCUGCAGGGCCGGGCUUCGGUUGCAAUGAUACUUACCUUCUUCAAGAGUUACACAAGUGCGAGAAGAUGAUGCUUGACGCGCUUAUUAACAACGCGUCUGCAGACUGCAGGACAGAAACUCAACGUUUACAGAACUGUUCGCGACGUCUGAUCACUGACACUUGCUACGGUUCGCUGUAUGUGGUCUACCCCAAGCUGAAGGACGCCUUGGAGCAAGUAAUGGACGUCACUCUAAAGCAAUUCAACAACGCUCAGUUUUACUGCUCUGAGGAUCAGGUCUCCAUGAAGUGGGACUCUAUCCCUACAUCCAUCAAGUCCGCGUUACCAUGCCACCGAAGAUUCUUUGACGAGUCUAUCCAGUGCGCUGAGCAAUUCCGAAGACAUUUUGUGAAAAACAGGAAAGAUCCUAAUCUAUGUAGUCUGUAUACACAGAGUAAACGUUGUAGCUUCGAGCUGUCGCUACGCUACUGCACAAACUCAUCUGUCCUCGCUGUCAACAAAUUAAACCCGUUUUGUCCUGACGGAGUGGAUUUAGAGCCCAGAGUGGUCAAACCUAAAUACCAAGGACAUAUGUGCGUUGAGUAUCUGUGCGUGAACUCCUCGGUCGGACCCGUCGCAAAGUGUCAACCUAAAAGAGAGAUCAAAUGUGUUGGCGAUCCUGGGUCCUACCUUCUCCCAGAUGGCUGCCUGACAGCGAGGAUGCGCAUGCGCACACCAAAUGGUGUGGUCUUUUUCCAGGAGUUGCGCAACUGUACGUACUCCAUCGGCUGCGACCCAAAGGUUAUAUGUGCACUGGCAAACCAAACAGGUCUCUUGACAAACUGUAAUGCCACGUGUUGCAAAGGAAAUCUGUGCAACAAGGACCCGGAUGAGCAACUUAUGACGACUAUGGGUACGCCCACUGCUACACCAACAGCUGGCUUCACUGAGGAAAGAACGACAGACGAGAUAGGUACUGCUCCAACUACACCAACAGCAGGCUUUACUGAGGAAAGAACGACAGACGAGACGGGUAUUGCUUCGACAGCACAGCCCUCAAUGACUGGAAGUCCUAUAGCAACUGACGCGGAAACAGAAAAGCGACUGAUAAUAAAUCCAGAAACAACACCAACUGUCAUAACAGAUACUAAAAUCUCAAGAACCGCAGCGCCUACAAGAACGACAGAAACAACAACCGCGAAAACAGGCACCAAAAGAGCAACAAUGUCACCAACAAAUGCGGGGAGGACAACGACACAGAAAGCAACAUAUAGUCUGGAGUCAACAACUAGCGAAGUCAAAUUGACUAAACAACCAAAAAUACCGGUAUCAAAUCUAACAAUCACAACAGAAAUCGCAGCGCCUACAAAGCUCACUCCUCCGUCAUCCACAGAACUUCCAGCACCAACAAGGGAUCCUGCUCAACCUGGAAAGAUGACGGACGAAGUCACGAAACCAACCGAAAAACCUUUGAGAUGUUUAUCAUACAUCUGCUCCACUACAUCGGUUGGUCCUGUGUUCCCUUGCCCUCCCCCCACAGAGGUGGUGUGUCAUCACGAACCUGGUUCGCUGAUGUCGCAAGAUUUUUGCGCGACUUUGAGUGUGUCGCUGGAAAUCUCGCCAGGAAUAUCAAUUAAUCAAGAGCUCCGGAACUGCUCAUACUCCCUACAGUGUGUCCCGUCAGUUGUAUGCGAUGCUGUUAACGUAACCGGUAAAGUUACUAAAUGCAGUUUAGACUGUUGUAAGAGUGAUCUGUGCAAUUCACAAAAUCUCUUGACUCAGCCGCCCACUACCGUCCCAACGAAAGAAACGCAGGGAACGGUCGCUAAGUUUGAAGCGACUGAAGCAUCUACAGAACCAAGUACAACAACAACUGAACCAGCAAGAACAGAAGCAACUGCAACAGCAGCAGAAGCAAAAACAGAAGAACCUGAAGUUGCAACAGAAAAACCAUCAGAAACCACAACAGAAGCAACUAAAGCUGCAACAGAAACAACAACAGAAGCAACUAAACCUGAAACAGAAACAACAACAGAAGCAACUAAACCUGCAACAGAAACAACAACAAUAGCAACUAAAGCAGCAACAAAAGCGACUAUAGUUGCAACAGAAGCAACUAAACCUGCAACAGAAACAACAACAGAAGCAACUAUUGCUGCAACAAGAAGAACAACAGAAGCAACUGAAGUUGCAAAAGAAACAACAAAAGCAACUGAAGCAGCAACAGAAACAACAGAAGCAACUAAAGCUGCAACAAAAACUACAACAGAAGAAACUAACGCUGCAACAAAAACAACAACAGAAGCAACUAACGCUGCAACAGAAACCCAGACAACGCAACAAAUGCAAAGUGUUCCAUCGGUGAUAACGACGGUGCACACGCCAAGACCUACUUGCCCUACGCAAAUUACAAAGUCACGUGCAUGGGUAAGGGUGACUCCAGCGUGGGUGACGCAACACAAAUACCACGGAGUACGGGUCACGUACAAGACUGACCAGAAAAGCCUGGUUAUCCAAGCUAAAGUGACGUCAUACGGCUGCAAGAGUAGGCCUGGGUCGGGCCUCACUACCUUUAUUCGGGGCGACUGGACACGAGUAAUGUACACACAGGAGUUCCGAGGCAAUGCGAGGUGUUGGAGGAUAUUUGGCGACUCAAGCAUUCGCCGCGGCAAGACACGGUUCUCUUCCUCUGGUCUGGAGAAGUUUGAUCCAAAGCAGGGAGACAUAAUCUUUAAUCAGCUCAAAAUGGGCGGUAUCCAAGGCGAUACAUUCAGGGGAAGAACAAACGUGUGCAGUAGAUCAACGUCAAACUUUUGGAGUCGUGCGAACGGGGAAGGACUAAGGCAAGCAACAGUGAUGCUACGACGAACCCCAGGCGCGAAGGAUGCCGGAAUACAUACUGCUACGUCGUGUGGAACUCCGAGUUACGUCAUUAAGGACAUAUUUGUCUUUAUUUGACUAAAGAUUAAUUCCUAUACAUAUUUACCAAUUGUUAAAGAAAAAGUUGACCAUGCCAAAAACCCUUGUCAUAUAAAUACUGGAUAAUUGUAUCAUAAUACAUGCUUAAGUUUGGCAGACGGAAAGAACAAUUCUUAUCGAAAAAAAAUCAAUUCUAAAGAAAACAAAUGCAAAUGCAAAAUAAUGUAAGCCCUAACACAACGCAAUUUAAAAUUUGCAUUAGAUACGGGCUGAUAAUUCUAUUUCCAAACAAUCAUGUGAGUUCUUA